AUGUCUGAUCUAAUAUCAUUAUUAGAUAAAGAACGAAAACGACCAUUAGUAUGUUUGGAUAGUUUAAAAAAUUUAAAAACAACUAUUAUUGAAAAUAUAACAUCAAAUGAAUGUAAAUUUUUAAAUGAUUAUUCGGAUGAAAUUGAAAAGAAAAAACGAAAAGAAUUGCAAAUAACCCCAAAUCGUAAUGUUUUUAUUGAACAUGAUUCGAAAACAUUUUCAUCUCAACGAAUUGUUACUUUAAAAGAACACGAUGAACAACAAAGUCUCGAACAAUCAAAUAUAGAUAAUAUUCUAAAUCCACUAAAACGUAUUGUUAUACCUCAAACUAUAUCAUAUGACAAAGAACAAAAUCAGGAAAGAAACGAUAAUCAAGUCAUUUCACAAUCCAAGAAACGUAUUGUUAUCAUCGAUAAUACAGAUUCAAAUGAAAAAGAAUCAACAAUUGUUUCACAAUCUCAAUUAGUUUCAUCAGUACCUUUAAUCGAUUCAUUAUCAUUUUCUUCAUUAUUAUCAUCUUCUUCUUCUACUCAUACAUCAAGUCAUAUAAUAAAUCAAGAAUAUUUAACACGAAUAUGUCAAAUACUUACUUCUUGCAAUACUUCUAAUAAUGAAUCGAAAUCUGUUUCUAAAUCGUCAGAUGUAUUCGGCGUUACUAAUAAUGAUAAUACCAAUAAUAAUAAAUCACAUUCUACAACAACAAAUAUUAAUAAAUCUUCUAUUAGUAAUCGAUAUCCUCAAUUUGAAUGUGUUCGUACUCCAACACAAGAAUCUCAUUCAUUUAUACCGCCUGAAUUACUUGAUUGUUGUGAAUCUAAUCAAAAACAACAAUCAAUAUUGAAUAAAAAUCAAUCAGAAUAUUGGGAUAAAUUUCAUACAUCAACACUAUUACGUGAAACAAUGAUUAAAAUAUCAAAACGGUUGAUAAAAACUGAAUCUAUACCAAUUGUUGAUACACAUUGUCAUUUUGAUUUAAUUUUUGAUCGUCUUUAUAUCAAACAUAAUAAUUUAAGUCAAUAUUUUGAUGAUUAUAGAGAUUUAUAUCCAUCUGGUCUUUCAUUUGAAUUAGCUAUUCAUGUAUUUUGGAGACCAAGACAUUUAAUUGAAGAUAAAUGGAUAAAAUGGUAUUCAAAAUAUUUAAAUGAUGAACGUGUAUAUGGUGCAUGUGGAAUUCAUCCACAUUGGAGUUCAUCAUGGAAAGAAUCAUCGAUUGAUGAUAUUGAACGAUGUCUUCAACAUCCAAAAAUAGUUGCUAUUGGUGAAAUUGGAUUAGAUUUUGGACCAAAAAAUACAUGUAAUCUUGAUCAACAAUGUCGAGUAUUUGCAGAACAACUUCAACUAGCUGUUAAAUGGUCAAAACCAAUUGUUAUACAUUCGAGAGAUGCUUAUGAAAAAACAUUUGAUAUAAUGAAACAAUAUCUUGAACCUGAUCACAAGAUUCAUUUACAUUGUUUUGUUGGAACAAUAAAUGAUGUUUAUAUGUUUACAUCAUAUUUUACUGGAAUUAAAUUUGGUUUUACUCCUAUAAUAUCUCGUGGAAAUUAUCUUCAUACAGUUCUACAACAACUUGAUUUAACUCAAAUCUUAUCUGAAACUGAUUCACCUUAUUUUGUACCUGAAGAACUUUCAAAUUUAUCACGUUGUGCUCAUCCAGGUAUGGUUUAUAGUGUUGUGGAAACUAUAGCAAAAAUUCGACAAUUAUCUAUUGAUAUUGUUGCUCAUCAAUUAAGAGCAAAUGCUCGGCAAAUUUAUGGUGUUUAA